GGAAAGACAGUAGGCACUUGGCAAUCGUGUCUUCCUGAAUGUGGUAGGGGCAAAGGUGUGAUAUAGAGGGUAGCCACGACGUUGUAGUACUCAUAAACAUGGACGCUGCCAAUACCAGACACCUCUAUGACCAACAUACUUCGUUCUUCUACCGACUUCUGUAUCAAGCUUCUUUGAGAAUGAUCAUAACCCUGAGUAGCGGUAGACUGCUGAUACCCACAAUCAUACUGACACCUGUGGUACACUUUCCACAAGGCGCACAAGCGAUACCGACCUGGGUAAGAACGAUAGGCUACCGGUUUUAUAUGGUAGUAACCUUCGUGGCGCUCGGGUACCAGUCUCAAAGAGCACGCCGGCCUGUACGACGAAGCUUAUUGCUUCUGAGUUGCACUCAAGCAAACCAGUCUGCAGGUAGUCGUUGUAUCUGGCUUUGAUGAGGUAAGUGUUGAGUUCACCGAGUACCUUUAGUUUAUAGGAUCAUUUUGGUAUCAGGUUGCAUAAGUGCGAUACAUGGUCCAUCACGACCAACCGAUCUGUCUGUUGAAGUGGUGGGCACGACACAUGGGAGCCGCAAUGGACAUGUGGGGCGCGCAUUCGUCUCAAAUCGUGGCGUUAGCUGCGUGUGGACCAAAAUUGACG